ACUCCGGUAUCACAUGAACGAGCCCGGACCAAUCCACACACAGCCCUAUCGAAGCACUCGGUUCCUCCACCGAGAUAGGGAGGAAAAAAAAGACAGAAAAGGGAACCAUGACUCCGAGCAUCUGAAGAACAAAUAAAACACGGAGAAUCGAACACACUUGUGGAUCUAGUACCUGGUUAUUGUUUCACAUUUGAAGCGGGGAGACUGGAAUAAUAUGCAGUGGAGAGAGGCGGAAUGGAUACGGCAAUGGCCCGAACAUAUUGAAUAGCUUGCGACGCGCAAAGGAAAGACAUUAUACUUUAUCGAACCUUCCUCAUCUUGACGGGCUUAUUUAAUGGCUUCAAUCCUCGCCGUCACCGACCCUUGUCUUUUCCGUACCACUGCCGAGGUCGAAUCACGGUGGAUCGCGUGAGCCUCUAUAUGCCAAACACAGGGAACGACCAUUAUUCGGCCUCGAAAUCAAAAGACAGCCACCUGAUCUGAUCCAACGCCGUCGAUUUUCGCUGAGGGGAAACAUGGAUUUUAACGGGAGCGGUGGGGGAAAUGAACUGCACAACAAUCAGUUUUAUCCGUUCGAAGAGAGCAAGCCUCUACUGGGGGAAAUGUCCACGCCGCAGCCGGAGGGGAAUAAUAAUCACAAAGCGGGGCCCUGCAGCAAGAGGAGCCUUUUACACAGCAGCAGCGGUAUGAGAUACAAAUUGCUCCAGGAGGGAGACAUCCAGGUGUGCGUGGUCAAACAUCCACGGACCUUCCUCAGUAAGAUCCUCACCUCCAAAUUUUUACGGAGGUGGGAGCCGCACCACCUCACCUUGACGGACAGCAGCCUGGUCUCUGCCACGCCCACAGGAUACAUGGAGGCCCCUCUGUCUUACAGCACUAUAGAGGACCUGCAGCUGUUGUCCUGGGACAAUGCCCCCAAAUACUGUGUUCAGCUAAGCUUUCCUGGAGGGACGGUCCUCCUGCAGGCUGCUAACAGCUAUCUGCGGGACCAGUGGUUUCACUCUAUACAGUGGAAGAAAAAGAUCUACAAGUACCGCAAGGUUCUGAAUAACCCGAGCCGCUGGGAUGUGGUUCUGAAGGAGAUCAGGGCCCUGGUGGACAUGGCCCUCACUUCACCCCUGCAGGACGAAUCCAUCCAUCAGGCACCACUGCACAUUAUCUCCACCCUGCUUGCUGAGAACACUAACCUCAGCGCUCAGGACCAUGAGAACAUCAUUGUGGCCAUCGCACCCCUGCUGGAGAAUAACCACCCUCCUCCUGACCUGUGUGAAUUCUUCUGCAAGCACUGUAGGGAGCGUCCUCGGUCGAUGGUGGUGAUUGAAGUGUUCACUCCUGUGGUUCAGAGAAUCCUCAAACACAACAUGGACUUUGGGAAAUGCCCCAGACUCCGUCUCUUUACUCAGGAGUAUAUUUUGGCUCUGAAUGAACUUAACGCUGGCAUGGAAGUGGUCAAGAAGUUCAUUCACAGCAUGCACGGUCCCACCGGACAGUGCCCUCAUCCUCGGGUUCUCCCCAAUCUCGUGGCGGUGUGCCUCGCUGCCAUCUACUCUUGCUACGAAGAGUUCAUCAACAGUCGGGACAACUCUCCCAGUCUCAAGGAAAUCCGAAAUGGUUGUCAGCAGCAGAGCGAGAGGAAACCGCCCAUGCCUUUGCGGCUGCUGCGGCCCGAGCCGCCCACGCCACCCCUGACCACCACCCUGUCUCCGCCCCCGGCCCUGCCCCUCUCACCCCCACCUUCCAUCGUCAAUUCCAGCGAGAUCCUGGUGGAGCUGGAGCGCAACAACAACACCGCUAACACACUGCGCAAGGCCCCUGCGGAGGGCGAUAGCGAGCCCAACCUGAUCGACUGUCUACUGGUCAGCCCCGCGCUCAACGCCCUGUCCAUUCAGCUGCCUGCCCACGCCGACAGAGUGCUGGGCUGUUUCGCCCUCAUCCUCAAGAUGCUAUCGGACUACGAUGACUGGAGACCAGCACUGGCCAGCCUGCUUCAACCCAUCCCCUUCCCGAAAGAGGCCCUUGCACAUGCCAAAUUUACAAAAGAGCUGAAAUAUGUCAUUCAGAGGUUCGCUGAAGAUCCCAGACAAGAGGUCCACUCCUGUUUGCUCAGCGUGCGCUCUGGAAAAGACGGGUGGUUCCAGCUGUACAGUCCAGGAGGCGUAGCUUGCGAUGAUGACGGAGAGUUGUUUGCUAGCAUGGUCCACAUCCUCAUGGGCUCCUGCUACAAGACGAAGAAAUUUCUACUGUCGCUGGCUGAAAAUAAACUGGGACCCUGUAUGCUCUUGGCCCUGCGGGGGAACCAGACCAUGGUGGAGAUCCUGUGUUUGAUGCUGGAGUAUAACAUCAUAGAGAACAAGGACACUCAGCUACAAAUCAUCUCCACCCUGGAGAGCACCCAGGUUGGCCUGCGCAUGUAUGAGCAGCUGUGCGACAGGCAGAGAGAACUUAAAGAACUGCAAAGAAAAGGAGGCCCUACUCGACUCACUCUGCCCUCUAAAUCUACGGAUGCUGACUUGGCUCGUCUACUGAGCUCCGGUUCCUUCGGCAAUCUGGAGAACCUCAGCCUGGCGUUUACCAACGUCACCAGUGCCUGCGCCGAACAGCUCAUCAAACUGCCAUCCCUCAAACAGCUCAACCUGUGGUCCACCCAGUUUGGAGAUGCAGGGCUCCGUCUGCUAUCAGAGCAUCUGGCCUGUCUGCAGGUUUUGAACUUGUGUGAGACUCCAGUCACAGACGCUGGCCUGCUCUCCCUCAGCUCUAUGAAAAGCCUGUGCAGCCUGAAUAUGAACAGUACUAAACUCACAGCGGACACCUAUGAGGACCUGAAGGCCAAACUACCCAAUCUAAAGGAAGUUGACGUUCGCUACACAGAGGCGUGGUGAACGCAAUGCUCGAGGAGAUUUAUAGACACAGGAAAUGGCUGACACAUCAUCCGAACACAACAUAAUCAAGAAACGAGGACUGUAUUUAUAGGAACUGUCAUUCAAACGACAAGGACCUUCUGAAAAUAUCAUAAACGUUUAAGAAUCGUCUAGUGUCUCAUCUGAAUACAAGGACGCUCUUUGCAGCGGCAUCAAAAUGCAAGAAUAUGUCCCAUGACAUCAUCAGACAGCACAGGAACCUUUCUAAUGACAUCACCUGGGGACUUUUUCUCUUUCUCGCCUUGAUCUGAAACCCCUCGGAGGAACCAUGUCCCUCGUUUUAACCUGUAACUGGCGUCCCUUUUUCUUUUUUUCUUUUUGUCCCCAUAGAAGACAAAGACAGUUGAUUUCUCCCUUUCUCCUUGAACCACCUGGAGCCAAUUCCCCUGUGGUACCAGCGUCUGGUGAAGGCCUGAAUAUUCAGAGCCACAUUCCAGUACAGUUUUGAUAUCACCUCCUGUGUGGAAAGCCAUUUUCCACAUGGUUUUUGUUUUAGUUUUUCUGUUCUUGUUACAUGUGUGCUUGGUCCUCUCGGUUCAGAGUCUGUCAUUUUUGCAUCCUCACAGAGAUUUUUUGUGUAAAAUGUGUCUGUUAACAAUGUUCACUUCUUGACAUGUUCAUCUCUAUAUCUCUAUCGCUCUGAAAAUCAUUUUUUAUCAACUUGAAUAAGCAUAUUUUUCCAUACACUGCUUUCAUAUAUAUGUGUGUUUGUAAAGAAAAUCGACGUAUCCCCAUUUUUAAUGCAAACAUUUCAGGGGCUUCGCUCAAAAAAAAAAAAAAGAAAAA